AUGGCCACCGAACCACGACAACGUCUAUCUCCCAUCCACACUCGUAAUUUGAGCUCAGUCACCGUCGAGUCCUCUAGUUCGGACAGCUCUCCAUGUCCAGGAGACGAUGAAGACACCGACUACUUCAUGGCCCAUGCCAAUGACUCCCAAUCCUCACUGGGAGCUGUCACAGCCAUCCGUGAUUGCGACGACGACAUUGACCUCGAACAAGCCCAUCGACUAUCUCCCAUCUCCAAGCUCCCUCCCGAAAUCCUCAUUGCCAUCAUUACAAAACUCACCACAACCGCCGAUCUGAGAAGCUGUAUGUUGGUUUCCUACCACUGGGCACUCUACACCGUUGGCAUAUUAUGGCAUCGGCCCCUCUGCAACAAGUGGAUCAAUCUGGUCAGUGUGGUGGCUGCUCUGAGCAAAGGAGAAAAGAGUUAUUUUCCAUACCACGAAAUGGUUAAACGUUUGAACCUGUCUGCAAUUGCUGACAAAGUCAACGAUGGCACCGUGCUACCUUUUAUGACCUGCAAGGCCAUCGAACGUUUGACCUUGACCAACUGCUCCAAAUUGACCGACUUUGGCGUCUCUGGUCUUGUCAAUGGCAGCAGGAAGCUUCAGGCUCUGGAUGUGACCGAUUUGGACGCCUUGACCGAUCGAACUUUACAUGCUGUGGCAGACAAUUGUGUCAAACUCCAAGGCUUGAACAUCACAAACUGCUCCAAUAUCACAGAUGACUCCUUGGUCAAUAUCGCCGAACGCUGCAGACAACUCAAGCGUUUGAAGCUCAAUGGUGUCAUCCGCGCCACUGAUCUCUCCAUCACUGCUGUCGCGAGAAAUUGUCGUUCCAUUCUUGAGAUCGACCUCGCUGGUUGUCACUCCAUCUCCUCCGAAUCAGUCACUGCUCUACUAUCAAACCUCUCACAUCUACGUGAACUCCGCCUCGCCCACUGUAUAGAGAUUAAUGACCUGGCCUUUACCAAUUUACCUCCCCGACUCUCCUUUGAUGCUCUGAGGAUCCUGGACUUGACAGCUUGCGAGGCAGUUCGCGAUGAUGCAAUUGCUCGCAUCAUACCUGCCGCCCCACGAUUGAGGAACUUGGUCUUGGCUAAAUGCAGACAUAUCACCGACCGAGCAGUCGCUUCAAUUUGCAAGUUGACCAAAAACCUGCACUACAUUCAUCUUGGUCAUUGCAUCAACUUGACCGAUAGUGCAGUCAUCCAACUGGUCAAAGCAUGCAAUCGUAUCAGAUACAUCGACCUAGCAUGCUGCUCUCGUUUGACCGACGCGAGUGUACGCCAUCUGGCCCAGCUUCCCAAACUGCGGAGAAUUGGUCUGGUCAAAUGCCAGAAUUUGACCGAUUCCAGCAUAAUGGCAUUGGCACAUGGCCCCCUGUUGUUUAGUCCCACAGGUAAAAUCGGGGUUCCUUCACAGUUUGUAUCUCUGGAGCGGGUACAUCUCAGCUAUUGCAUCAACUUGACCUUGAAGGGUAUUACCGCGCUUCUUCACAAUUGUCCAAGAUUGACCCACCUGUCACUGACGGGAGUGCAAGCCUUCUUGCGAGAAGAUUUGACUCGGUUUUGCCGAGAUGCCCCUGCCGAGUUUACACAUCCCCAGCGAGAUGUAUUUUGCGUCUUCUCUGGCGAGGGUGUUCAGCGACUUCGUGAAUACCUCAUGCGAAUGGCCGUGGAUGAAGCACAAAGAGAAGGCCGCGAUGUGAUUGACGACAACCUACUGGAUGGGGUGGAUAGUCCUGGUACGGAUACCAUGUCAGACGAUGGAACCAUUGAUGGAAAUGAUCAGCUCAUGGACCCUGUGCUCAACCCCCAUCGACAUGGCUUGCCCUUUGACAACCCUCCACGUUCGAGACCCCGACCUAGAAGCUUGCAUGAAAUGCCAAGUUAUCAUGUCGACAUGCCACUAAUUCCUUUUGAUCAAAUGCAGCAAAUGGGUCCUUGGACACCCGGUGAACCAUUCACCCCUGAAGCUCGAGCUGCGUUGGCACCUCCGCACUUGAAUCUCAUCCAUUCGACCACUUUCGACCAUCCCAGUCUCUUCGACCAUCGAUCUCGAAGUCCCGGACCUUCCCUCGGUUUCGAGAUUGCAGCCGAGUACAAUGCGUACAGAGAACGUGCAAGAAGCACAUCUCGAACCCCCUCACGACGGCAUACACUGGAGUCUGGUUCAAGUAUUUUUGGAGCUCCCCCUGUUCCCAUGCAUGGCUAUGGGGAGGGCAGUUCUCGAGCUUUAGAGCUUGCUGAUUAUGGACAUGACCCUCGGGCUGGAUAUUUUGACGUUGACGAUGUGAGGCAAUACCCAGCAUGGCCGAAUACCAACGCGUUUGCACCUGAACAUCCCCGUCGACAUGUUCCUGGAGCCGCUUUCCGAAAUCCUGGUGAUGUGCGAGUAUCCAAUCUUCGACCAGAACCAGGUUUCAGUGCAUUUGAUGCGAAUCAUGAAGCCAUCAUGUCGACGAUUCCUGCCAGUCGAUCCGGAAGCCGUCAUCCAUCGAGAUCUAAUAGCCCUCAUGUCUCUCGGGUCAAUAGCCGAAGCAGGCUUGCGGGUCUCAUUCCUCGAAGUUACACAUCCACACCUCUAAGCCAGGGUGAAAAUGCAGGUCGAUCUUCCAGACAGGCACGAAGUCGAGAAGUGUCACAAUCGAGAAUGGAGGAAGAGGCACAUCGUGACGCUAUGCUCCGUGCACUUGCCGAAUCAGAUGCCGCACAACAAUUACGACCAGAGAUGUCAAGCGCGGGUUCAGACCGGCAGCGCCCCCUACCAGCACUACCUUCAGCAAUGGACAUCAUACCUGUGACUGUGACACCAGCGGAGACGACUUCACAAGCGGUGGGCAUCCAAGGAAGUCAAGAAGACGACAUUGAUCAGGAUGUGACUAUGACUCAAUGA